AAGGGUGAGACGAAUCUAGCUUCAGUUGGCAAAGCAAUAAAUACGCGUUUUACUUAAGCCCAUGUGUCCAAUCUCGCCCCCUUUCUCCUAAAACCCUAGAAUUCCCAACCAUGAAAACGGUAUCGGGGAUCGUCCUCUCGUCGAAGCCAAUCUCUCUCUCCAAAGCGACCUCCACUCUCUCCUCCUUCGUCUCCAGCGACACCGGCGCGUCGCAAGAGUUCAGCGUCUACCUCCGACGCACCUUGGCAUCGUUCAAGGAGCUGAAGCAGCUACACAAGGAGCUCAAAUCGCCAAGAUCGGAAAGGAAGCGGUCGCGGCGGCACAGGUCGGAGACCGAAAACGACGACGCAGAGACCGUCGGAGAGAAUCCGGCGCAGAGUACCGGUGUGAGUGAGGUGAGUCAUGGGCUUGAGUCCAAGCCGGAAACGCAGCGACAGGUAGUGGAUGCCCAGGUGAAGAAGAAGGAGAGGAAGAAGGGUGAAGUUCGUAAAUUUGGGGAAGAUGGAGGUGGAAUUUCAGAGAGGGGAGGGGAGGGUGGUGAAAAGAAAGAGACAGCUGAUUCAGUAGAGGUGCUUAGGACGAAGAAGAAGAAGAAGAAGAGGGACAAUGUAGGUAAUUCUAAUGAAGAUGGGGAUCGAAUUGAGAAGGGAGAUGGCGGGGUCAAAAUUGCAGAGAGGGUGAAUGGCGGUGUUGAAAAGAGAGAGCCGGCUGAUUCAGUUGACACACAAAAUAAGAAGAAGAAAAAGAGGGACAAUGUUAGCAAUUCCGGUGAAAACGGGGGUCAAAUGAAGAAAGGAGAUGGCGGGGCUAAAACAAGGAGCGAAGAGGUAAAGAAGGAAGAGAGUAAGAAGAGGAAGAGUGGGGUGUUAGAAGAUGGAGGCUCUGGUGCUUUAGGAGGAGAGCAAGGGGAUAAGAAAAAGAAGAGGAGGAAAAGUUGAGAACACUACGACACAAUUGUUCGUAGUUGUCGGUUUUGAGUUUUCUGGGAUUCGGUGGAGAUUUGAAUUCCAUGAGGUCUGCUGCUCAGCACCUUCAGGGUAAUUUGUGGGGAUACUAUUUUCUAUGUAAUGCUAAUUACUAAGCUGAGCUGUAGUUUGUUUUUGGUGAUAUUAUUGAUUGCAACGGAAAUAUGGUUAAUGCCAUAUCGAUUUUGGUUCUUAA